AUGCGGUUAUGGAGGAUAGUGCUCCUCUUAAUUCGAAUGGUGGAGUUGGCUGGUUCCGAAGCACAAUCUGAGGUUCCUAGGGAGUCGUAUUUGUCGAAGUUGACUAAGUUUGAGUCGAAUUCUACUGAAUUGGAUGGAGAUUGUGAUUUGGAGAGUAAGGAUAGUGAUUCUGCUGAUGAUUCUGAUUCGGAUGAUGAGAUCGCUGGGGAUUUUGCUGAGGUUAGGGUUUCUCUGUCUAAAGAGGAGAAACGGCGGUUGAGGUUACCAUGGCGGAAUGCGCUGAUUGUGAAAUUGUUAGGUAAGUCCGUUAGCUUUCCGUUUAUGUGUGAUCGUUUACAGCAGAUGUGGGGAGCUAUGGGAGAUGUGAAGGUUGUGGAUCUGGGAUCGGAUUUCUUUUUGGUAAGGCUUUCCAAUAGAGAUGAUUAUGAUCAUGUGCUUUUUGAUGGUCCCUGGGUUAUUGCGGGGCAUUAUUUGUCUAUUCGGAAAUGGCGUCCAGAAUUUCGUCCCUCGGAGGCGUCUAUAUCCACCAUUGCUGCGUGGGUGCGUUUGCCUGAAAUUCCGAUUGAAUACUUUGAUGAGGAAAUCUUGAAGAAAGUUGGUAAUAUCAUUGGACGUACGAUUAAAGUGGAUUUGAAUACAAUUCUGGUGAAGAGAGGGAAGUUUGCGCGUUUAUGUGUUGAAAUUGACCUUCGGAAACCUUUGCGUUCGAGAGUCUUGAUUGGUUCGCGAUGGCAGCGUGUGGAGUAUGAAGGUUAUGAUGGUAUUGUUCUAGAAGGCCGUGUUGCGUUAAUUGUUGAAGCAAAUAGUUAUUGA